GGCUGGAAAAACGCUCUCUGCUGCCCACCGCAUGUCUGGGCUUGGGCUACUUCCUUCUGGAUAUGGAGCCUCAUUUUUUUUCUGCCUUUUUGUAAGCCCUGUUGGAUUUCUCCCUCCCUGCUGGUAUUUGUAUGCGUUGCUAAAUAAGUCGAGAGCUACUGCAGACCCACUCAGUACUCACCAUUCCCCCUCCCUGAACUCAGGGCUUUACUGUUUAUGAUCCUUUUAUCAGUGUGACAUCCAAACCACUUUGACUUAGUUUUGUGCGUGGGAUUUAGUGAUAUACUGUGUGAAGAAAUACUGUAGUAAAAAUACCAUCUCCUCAAGUUUGGAACGAUCUCUCCUGUAUAGCCCACCUGUGCUUAUGGCUUUAUUAUUUUCUAGGUCGCAGUGCUAGGUUUUCUGUUUAAAUAUUUGUUCCAGUAUGUUAGUAGCAAUUGAACCAGGUGUAGGGCUGUUGAAAGGAGAUUGGUUUUAAGGUAAUAAAGAGCCACUGGCUGGGGAGUUAUGUUAGGCUGUGAUCAAGACUUGGCUGGUAAGCCACUCUCAUGUUUCAGGGGAGCUGAUGGACCUUAUUCGGAAAGAGGGCAAGAGAAUGACUGCAGCCCAACCAUCAGAGACCACUGUGGGAAACAUGGUGCGGCGAGUGCUGAAGAUAAUUCGUGAAGAGUAUAGCAGGCUCCGAGGGCGCAGUGAGGAGAGUGAUCAGCAGGAGUCACUACAUAAGCUUCUGACCUCUGGAGGGCUCAGUGAGGAUUUCAGCGCUCCCUAUCCCCUACUCAGGGCUAACGUGAUUGAAGCUAUUAGUGAGCUGCUGAUAGAGCUAGAGGGAACCACGGAUAACAUUGCAAUGCAGGCGCUGGAGCACAUCCACUCCAACGAGGUGAUCAUGACCAUUGGUUAUUCUCGCACCGUCGAGGCCUUCCUGAAGGAGGCAGCACGCAAGCGGAAAUUCCAUGUCAUUGUAGCAGAGUGUGCACCCUUCUGCCAGGGUCAUGAAAUGGCCGUCCGUCUGUCCAAAGAGGAGAUUGAAACCACUGUCAUGAGCGAUGCAGCCAUCUUUGCUGUCAUGUCUCGAGUUAACAAAGUGAUCAUUGGUACAAAGACAAUCCUGGCCAAUGGUGCGUUGAUCGCUGUAAGUGGAACUCAUACUUUGGCACUGGCAGCUAAACACCACUCCACUCCUCUUAUUGUCUGUGCACCUAUGUUCAAGCUUUCACCACAGUUCCCUAAUGAAGAGGAUUCAUUCCACAAGUUUGUCUCCCCACAAGAAGUUCUGCCAUUCACAGAAGGGGAGAUCCUGUCAAAGAUCAGUGUUCACUGUCCGGUGUUUGACUAUGUUCCCCCAGAGCUGAUUACUCUCUUCAUCUCCAACAUUGGGGGUAAUGCACCCUCCUACAUCUAUCGCCUCAUGAGUGAGCUCUACCAUCCUGAUGAUCAUGAACUCUAAGUUCUACUGGCUUGAACUGCCUUGGUGUCCAGGCUCUUCCUAUCUUGUUCCUUGAGGAGAUCCAGCAGUUAAAUGAACCCAGGACUGCAGAAAUGGGGGUGACUGUCUUCAGAAGGAAGCAUCUGUAUGGAGUACAGAAUUCCUCCCUAGCCAAGAGCAGUAGAGAUCCUGGCUUUGCUUCUGUCACCUGUAUUACAAGCCCCACACAGCAGUUUUUAAUCUAUUUUAUUUUUGGAACUGUUGCCAUUCUUGUGUAUUUCCACAAGUUCUGAUUUGAUAAUGGACAAGGUAUAAAUGGGAUUCUGCUGUCAUGAAGCUGCAUUACCUUAGUGUGCUACAAAAAAGAUUGCUUGUAGUAUGUGAGCAUUUUAUUCUUGUAUAGAAUAUUAGCCAACAGUAUUCUUCAAACAGAAGCAGCACAGUGGCCCUGGUGAUGAGCUGUUGUUGUAGCAAGAUAGCUGUAGUGACUUUGAUAGAUGCAAACUAAAAGGCCUUAUCCAUUCUUUUUAGCUGUGUCUGGCAAUAACAGAGCACAGCAAUUCUACAUCACAAUUUAGGGUAAGAAAUGAAAUACCCCCACCCCUUUUCUGGCUUUGUUUAGACUCUAAAAUUUGCUGAGCCAGGAUUCUUGCUUUUAAUUUAGGCACUUAAAUCCUGUGUUACAGUAAUGUUUAUAAAUAAGUAAAUAUGAACUUGUAACAUAACCCCUUACUGGGAUAGAAAUAAACCCCAAUCUAGUUAAA